UAAACAUGUUAUUACACGACGCAGUUCGGUGUACUGUGUAGUGCUAUAGGGAGCAGAAGUGCAGUAAACACACACACACUGCUUCUCAACAUGGUCACAUUUACAUAAAGUUAUUAUAACUUGAUUAUACUCUGGGAAUACUAUUCAUUACAGCUAGCUUAGCUACUGCUACCGAGAACUGUCAUUCUCAGUAAGCUUUUUAUUGUAAUAUUUUGUCGGAUAUUUUCUUCCUUCGUACCGUUACGCUUAAAAAUGUCGUGUACAUGUAGAUCUGCCGCUAGACUGCUUCUCAGCUCUGUACACAAAGGGUUUUCAUGUUCACAUAUUCAGUUGUACACUCUCAGCAGAGGAGCGAGUCAUGAAGCCCAUCUGCUUCCAGCAGUGCAGGUCAGAUCAUUCUCAGAAAGUGCACUGUGUUUUGCCUCCAAGGAGAACACACCAAAAGAUGGCUCCAGUGAUGGAGGAAAGAAGAAUGUAACAGAGAUGGUUGGAAAGAAGUCAGUGGGUUCAGGAGGGACAGGUAAAGGAGGAAGCCAGCUCCGCUGCCCCCGAUGUGGAGACCUCUGCACACAUGUAGAAACAUUUGUGUCUUUUACAAGAUUUGUGAAAUGUGAAAAAUGUCAUCACUUUUUUGUGGUGCUUUCGGAAUCUGACUCUAAGAAGAGUCUAAACAAGGAAGCAGAAUCUGCUGCUGAAGCUGUUCAACUGGCAUUUGCUCAGAAACCUCCCCCACCCCCUAAAAAGAUCUUUGCCUACCUUGAUAAGUAUGUUGUUGGCCAGUCAUAUGCCAAGAAGGUGCUCUCAGUUGCUGUGUACAACCACUACAAAAGGAUCUACAACAACCUCCCUGUGGCAGGCAAGCAGCAAACAGAGGCAGAGAAGCAAAGCUCCCUCUUUCCUCGGGAGCAGGAGACCAGAAGACGGGAAGAUGAAUACAAAUAUACCAAGCUGCUGCAGAUUACUGGCAUCAGUCAAUAUGACAACGCUCUUGGUGCCUCUGUCCAGCAACAUGGCACCCAUCAACCAGCACAGGAGAAAAGGGGUGGCGACUUGCUGGACUCUACACACAACAACAUCAAGCUGGAGAAAAGUAACAUUGUGCUACUUGGCCCUACAGGCUCAGGUAAAACCCUUUUGGCACAGACUUUGGCAAGGUGUCUGGAUGUCCCCUUUGCUAUCUGUGACUGUACCACACUGACCCAGGCAGGCUACGUUGGUGAGGAUAUUGAGUCUGUUAUUGCCAAGCUGCUACAAGAUGCUAACUACUCAGUGGAGAAGGCACAGCAAGGAAUAGUGUUUCUGGAUGAGGUGGAUAAGAUUGGCAGUGUACCAGGAAUUCAUCAGCUCAGAGAUGUUGGAGGAGAAGGAGUCCAGCAGGGGUUGUUGAAGCUCCUGGAAGGAACAAUUGUAAACGUUCCAGAAAAGAACAGCAGAAAGCUGCGAGGUGAAACUGUGCAGGUGGACACAACCAACAUCCUGUUUGUGGCAUCAGGAGCCUUUAAUGGGCUGGACCGCAUCAUUAGUCGCAGGAAAAAUGAGAAGUAUCUUGGAUUUGGCUCCCCCACUUCCUCAUCGAAGGGGCGUCGCGCAGCAGCAGCGGCCGAUCUGGCCAAUACCACGGGCAGUGAGCAGGAUGCUCUGGCUGAAAUUGAGGAGAAGGAUCGACUCUUGAGGCUGGUGGAGGCACGGGACCUCAUUGAUUUUGGAAUGAUUCCGGAGUUUGUAGGUCGUCUGCCCAUAGUGGUACCUUUGCACAGCCUGGAUGAACAGGCACUGGUGCGCAUUCUCACUGAGCCUCGCAAUGCUGUGGUGCCUCAGUAUCAGGCCCUCUUCAGCAUGGACAAGUGUGAGCUGAACGUGACUCCGGAUGCACUCAGUGCCAUUGCCAGACUGGCUCUUGAAAGGAAGACUGGAGCCAGGGGUCUCAGAUCCAUCAUGGAAAAUCUGCUGUUGGAGCCCAUGUUUGAAGUGCCAAACUCUGAUAUAGUGGCUGUAGAGCUUAAUAAGAAUGUGAUUCAAGGCAAAUGUGAGCCACACUAUAUACGGGCUCCAGCCAAGUCAGCCGCAGAAGAGGAGUACGACUCUGGCAUGGAGGAAGAGAACUGGCCAAGACAGGCUGAUGUGCAGCUGUGAAUCAUUUCAUGAGCCACAUCAUUCUCAGCUUUGCACGAGCACUAAUUAGCUGCACAGGCCCGAUCGAGGGGCCCACAGUUCGACCUAAAACAAAGAUGAGGAACUCACAAAACUCAGCUAAACUAAGAAGUCAGGUAGACCUUCUCAUUACCUUCUGGUCCCACUUUUUCUAUAACCUGAAUAAACAGAUGUAAAGAAAAAGACUUCACACAGUAAUCCAGUGGGCCUUAAGAGUUCUUAACAAUUUUUAAAGAUAAUAUUUUAUAUAUAAAGACAAGUAUAUAUUGUUCCUGAGAUUUUUCUGGGUGGUGUUUGAGGAUUGCUUGGAUCGAGAUUGUAUAAUAGAACUUAAUUAUUUUAAUUAGGUUUUUUUUUAAUGUUGGUGCAUACAGCUUUAAUACCUCUUUAGUGUUUUAGCUUGGAUAACAGUUUAGGAGUGGACAUACCACUAGUCCUGCCUGAGACAAGCAGAUCAUGUUUAUGGACUAUAAGUUUUUGUCACUGGUCAUGACAAACAAAUGUCUUAGCAUAUGUCAAGUAACCUAACUUGCUGGACUAGUUGAUGUGUAGUUCCUUUUCCGUUCUGGUCAUCUUGUAAACUUGCUCAGUGGUCAUCAUCUUCUUCCAUAAGAACUUCAGCAGUUUUCUGAUGCACUUGUUCUUAAAGAGUGCAUUUUUCUUAUAACUUGACCAGGCUUCACUUCCAUAUGUGGCUGCUGGCCAGACCAAGGUUUUUGGCAAUCCUAGCUGCUGAUGGUGCUAAUUGACAUGUUUGUCCAUACUCUUGUCAAUUUAACCAUUAUCUCAAUGUCCAUAUUCAUUUCUAACUUCACCUGCACAUUUUGCAGUAUUUGAUUUUCUUCUCCCCAAAUAUAAGGAGUCCACUUGUUUCAAUCUUCUACCUUCCACCAUAAUGCCAAGUAUUGCUUCAAUUUGUGAAAACCUUUAAAGACAAAUGUAUUUGUAAAGAGUUUUUUAACAAUAGACAUAGUCUCAAAGGUAAGACUGAUCAACCAAAACCCGCUGCACGUUCUAAACGUCUUUAAGGAAUAAUCAGCAUUCAACACUCAUUGAAGAAUUAAUGUGCAUUCUAAUCAUUUCUGGAAUGCAUCUACUUGAAAAUGCAUUACAUAAAGCCAUCUGCUUUUUGGAAUAAAUUUGUAUUCUGAAGCUGUCUAGAAUCGAUGUGCAUCUAAAAGCCAUUUUUGUAUUAAUAAGUGCCCUAAGUCUAGUCUCAGUUUAAAACUUAUUUCAAAGUCAAUUCUCAUUCUGAACACAUUCUAAAUAAAAAAAACCGAAUUUAAAACACCUAAAGGAAUCCAUUUGCAUAUAAAUGUGUUAACUGUCCACCUCAACCAAAGUUAUUUGAAGGAAACUGGGCUGUUUUAUUUUGAGCGUGUAUUAAUAAUCAUGCGCCGAGGCAUUUGUUGAGAGUUAAGUACAUUCAGUACUUGUCCACCACCUCUUACUGUGACAUUUUACUACCUCUGUUUAAAUCAUGCUAUCUAAAUGUGAAGCUGCUCUAGUGUUUAUUAUAUUUAGUGUGUAUCAUAUUUACACUACCUAGAAUGUAGGACUCUUAUAAAAACAACACUGAUUUAAAAAGCAGUGCACAAUCCAGUAAUGUAACGAAAACAGCAAUGUCCCAAAAUAACAGUUUCAUAAAUGUGUUAAAAUGCUCUUCACCCUCUUACUAUACCAGAUGUACUGUAUGCUCAGUUUAUAUUGCACCCUGUGCACUCAGACUGAGGAGGCCUAUAAGAGUCAAUAGGUCUCAGUAGUGCUAAUGGUUUUAAAAUGCAACCUGUGUACACGAGUACUUGUGUAAAUGAGGGCUGCAUACUUACUUGGGGAUCAGUUUGUUUUCAGAACUCACAACAAUAACAAAGCAUUUGUACGCAUCACCUUGAGAGCACAUACAGCCGUUAACAUUUUUAUUCAAAUAAGAUUUCAUUUCAAAUGUUUUUAUUUGUAAAAGCACUAUAUUAUGCUAAAUUAUAGAUGGCUUUGUUUAAAAACAAAUAAAAUGUGGAUCUAUGUACCGUU